CGUCGGACCAGUAAGGUAUACCAGCUCUGUUUCAUCAUGAGACCCGCCAGUGUGUUGUGUUUAGCUGUAGUUGGGCUAGUUGCUAUUUUUGCCGUAGCUGAAGAAGCACCAGAAACCGCACAAGAAGCUUUAGCUGAAACUGUCUUCCAAGUCGAAGCAAUCCAGCAAUGCAUUGCUGCUCAUCCCGAUAACAGAGCUAAGAGAUCAACCUACCAAUACUCUCGAUCUUACGGUUACGACUACAACAACAACUACGGAUUCGACAACUACUUGGACUUAGGAUUAGGAUUCCGACGAUACGACUACAACGUUUUCCCAAACGCACUCAACUACAACUCACGAUUCGCCAACUACUACCCCGAAGAUCUUAGAGUUAACUUGUACCGUCUACCAGCAGCUAGAUUCUUCAACAGCUUCUACCCUGGACCUAUCGUCCGACCAGCUGACGGAGUUGUAGACCGAACCUACUUCCGAGUCGGAUCCUACGAAAAUGCUUUAACCGACUUCCGUCUCUUUCCACUCAACAACGUCCGAAGCUUAACUACAGAAACGACCGUCCGAUCUGAUGUCGCACCAGGAUACGUAGGAGCUUUCCGAGACUUCCCUUACGAAGUCCGAGUCUGCCAAAACUGCUGCAAUGGUGGAAACCCAUGUAUUAGAUUUACUGGACAAACCUAUCCAUUCCAACAAGUCACUCGAAAUUACGUCUACGUCCAAAAUACCAGAAGCGUUUCCAGCUACAACCCUCUCUUGAAAUAAGAAGCUACCUACGGGAUUUACGUUCAUCUUUGACGCAUACAUCG